AUGUCAAGCCUCGGGGCACUUCCUCAAACCCUCAAAUCAAUUACUGCCACCAAAAUCAAGGAACUGUCUAAGCAGCGAACGCUAUUCGAUAAGCGCAAAGAGGAGAUUUUUGCAAAUGCCAAUUCUGCUUCUGAUCUACCUGCUAGAGUCCGCAUUCUUCUAGAUGGACUUUCUCACCUGAAAGGAUACUCUAAGGAUUCGCUGGACAUAGACGACCUGGAUCUGGAUAUCGACUCAUCAACUUCAUCAGACGAUGACUCCGAUUUAGAAAUAAGCUCGCCCAUUGUGGGCCAAAUGCGGCCAGAAAAUCAUGCAAACAUUCGCCGCUUUCUUCUGCAAGGUCGAUAUGACCCCUCUAUUACAGAGGCUACCCUGCUUGGGUGGGUCGCGCUUCUUGAAAAAGAACUGCGCUACCUGGAGCUGAAGCAUGAACAUGCAGCUUUCUACAGCAGGCUGGUAACUGAGUGGUUGACGCAUUUGGACGAGAAAAUUACGUCUUCUGCUGGGCAUAAGGGCGGCGACGAUAAAUUCACAGAAUCCGAUACCAGCUUUGAGAACGUGGGUCGAGCAGAGAUGCAUGAGCAGCGAGCAAAGUGGGAGUCUUUGGUCUUCACAGCUCCCGACUACGUCGACAAAAAUUCUGUUUGGACCUACCUUGAAACCUUGUUUACCAAGACAAAGCUGUCGCAACAGGCCCUCAAAGAGCUCCGUGAGAGCAUUAGGAAAUUUGCGAACAACUUAGCCUCACAAGGCGAGUGGCUCGAUGUCGAUAAGCUCAAAUGGGUUUCAAAGGCGUUGAUAAAGGCCGAUCUUCUCAGCGCCGAAAAGUCCACCAUUCUCAAAGAGUUCAUGCAGAAUAAGGAGGUCACGCAGGAAGUGGUCGACGUUCUCAACAUGCGCCUGGCAUCUCUUGACAGCUGGGACUGGGGAAGUGAUGGUAUUCCUAUUGAAAUGCGCCGCCAUUUGAACGGAAAGUAUCGAGUCUUCAUGGACGAAGAUCUUCUCGACGGUUUGUUUUUACAAUACCUCGGAUCGAGGUGGGCUGUUAUGCUGCGCAAAGUAUUCACCAAGUUCUUAAACUCCUAUGCAUGGAGUCCUAUGAAUGAUGACGUGCCGGACGAACACAAAGACAAGCGCAAGUAUUUCCAGAGUAGCAGGUUUCAUACUGAGGUUCAGGGCCACAGCAUCAAUGAACUACGAAAAGAGACUUACUACAACGAUUACUUCAUGAGCCAGCUACCAGAAUCAACCGAUGAUGGGACUAAAAGCUACGAUGACGACUCGCAAUCAAAGAAUGCUCUUGAUACAAAGCAUUCACUCCUCCACCUCUUGGUCACCGAAUCUCUCAUUCACAAAACCCAACGAGGCGAGUUCACUGCUAUUAGGUCCGACUAUGAGUGGUUUGGCCCGGGUCUGCCUCAUGCGACAAUCCUCACGGUGAUGGAAUACUUCGGUGUUCCAGAGAUGUGGCUCAAAUUUUUCAAGGUCUUUCUAGAAGCUCCUCUCAAAUUUGUUCAAGAUGGUCUAUCUGCUUCCACUCAAGUCCGCAAACGUGGUGUUCCCAUGAGCCACACCCUCUCGGACUGCUUCGGAGAAUCAAUCCUUUUCUGCAUGGACUAUGCAGUCAAUCAAGGCACCAAUGGUGGUAUUUUGUAUCGACUCCAUGAUGACUUCUGGUUCUGGGGCGCCAAAAUAACCUGUGAGAAGGCUUGGCUGGGGAUGACUGAAUUUGCCAACGUGAUGGGCCUGCGGUUCAAUGAUGAAAAGACUGGCACUGUGCUCAUGGGCAAGGCCAAAGUGGAAAAUUCCUCGGUUCUUCCUGUCGGAAAUAUUCGUUGGGGGUUCUUGGUCAUGGACGCUGAGCAGGGCAAAUUCGUCAUUGACCAGGCCCAAGUGGACCAGCACAUCGAAGAGCUUGACCUGCAGCUCUCAUCCUGCAAGACCAUAUUCUCCUGGGUAGAGGCAUGGAACAGCUACUUUGGACGCUUCUUCACCAACAACUUCGCAAAGCCUGCCAUGUGCUUCGGAAGGGACCAUAUCGACAUGGCCAUUUGCACACUCAGCCGUAUCGAAAAAACGUUGUUCUCCAAGAGAACUGAGCAGGCUAAAGGGGGCGUUAGCAACUACUUGCGAGGGGUAAUUGCGGAGCGGUUUGAUAUUCACGGCCUGCCGGAGGGUUUCUUCUACUACCCCGUUGAACUGGGCGGCCUUGGGCUUCUCAAUCCGUUCGUUCGACUGCUUGCCAUGCGUGAGAACAUCAAACAUACACCCGAAAGACGUCUCCAGAAAGCAUCAUUGCAGGAUGAGAUGCUCUACCAGUCAGCAAAGGAGAAGUUUGAAAAGCGCGGCUCCUGUACCAGCUCUAUCACGCGAGAAAAGGAUGGCAAGCCCCUCCCCUUCUGGUCCCUGGAAGAGUUCACCAAGUACCCUGAGACAUACAGCUUCAACCUUUUGGAUGCAUAUAAGUCGCUGAAUGAGGUCCCAGAAGAGAAGAGUGUCUCUCCUACUGCAAGCUUCAAAAAGAACCAGGCUGGUUUGAAGGGCAAGGGAAAUAGCCCAAUCUCAUCUAAUUGGGGCUCGAUGACCCCAUACUGGCGUUGGGUGGCAGAAAUGUAUUCCGAUGAGAUGGUAAGCACUUAUGGUGGCUUGGCCGCUGUGAGUCGGGAGUUCAUGCCUCUGGGAGUGGUGAAGACUUUGAAGGAAGGACGCUUCAGAUGGCAGGGUUAA